CGCGUCACUCGGCCAACUUCGAGCAGCGCAUGCAAUGGCGACGCUUGCGGCAGCUCUGAAGCAGGAAGGCUGGCACCUCCGCGAGGAGAGCCUCGCACACAUUGUCAACGACAUGUCUGUGGGAGGAACACCCCAGCUGGGAGCGGUUCAGUUGGCGCUGAAAGACGCGGACCUGAGAGAGGUGGGAGCGGCUAGUCUUCCCGAUGACGUGAAUCGAGCAACAAACAAGCAGCUGGACGGGAUCCGAGUGCUGCAGGUUGUGUCAAUCCAGAAUGUUUCUCAGCCGAGCAAGGUUUCAGGGGGCGCAGGGACCGCUCCCCGGCUCCUCCGAGUGAGGCUGACUGAUGGCCACGUGACGGCAACGGCAAUCGAGUACCAGCCAAUCACGUCGCUUUCUCCUGAUCUCCCCCCAGGCACAAAGGUGGCGCUCAUCGACGCCCCCAUCAUCUCCGGCGUAAUCCUCCUGGCCGUCAAGAACGUCCGAGUCCUUGGGGGGCGUGUUCCCGCUUUAGCAGAUUCGUGGGACCUGGACCGCAAGAUGAAGAUUAUUCUCAAAGCGGGGGCCGGGAAGUCGGUCGAUGGGCCCCGCCCCCCGCCCUUCACGGGUGUCCACAUUAAGGGAGGGAAGGCGGUUGUCGAGCCACCAGCCGUAACCCAAAGUCCGGCACAGGUGGCGUCAGAUACGAAAGUGAACGAGGUUCGGUCGGCACACGGCUCGGCAGGGCGUGCCGUCAGCGGGCGACAGGGCGGGGUUUCGCAGCAGAGGGGCGAGGCUGGGGGCGCAUACGGCAGUGUCCUUGGGGGGCGUGGCGGCAAGGGGCAGAGGGGCGAGUCAAUCAGAGAAGGAGGGCCCGCUGGGUGGAGCACUGACCGCAAAAACAAGGAUAUAAAGGUUGGCGUAUCGGACUCCCAACGCUUUGAUGCGACGGGAGAACGAAGCGCGCAGCGGGGCUCAGCAGGGGAAGACUGGCGAGGGGCCGGCGCAGGGAGAGGCGCCAGUGGGGAUUGGCGGAACGAAUCGGGAGCGCCGUCUCAGGAUUCCAGGCGCGUUCAGGCAGAAGCGGAGAGCGGCACAAGGAUUCUGGACGGCGGCGGGGUAGUACGGCCGCGAGAGAGCGUCCGUAUGCGGCCGGGCGCUGAGCCGUACCGGCCCCGGCCGCGGUCUGAAGCUACGGCAACAAGUGGCACACACUCCACGGCGACAGAAUCUUCGGCGUCAAGUAGCGAGCCGAAAGGACCUUUGAAGCCCGGAGAUAGGUCUCUGGGGCAGGUGGGUCAGGACACUGAGGGGAGGGGUGAUGGCGUUAGAAGGGGUGGUGCCACUUCGAGCUCGGUGGAGCCUCCCAGGACGGAGGGCAACGAAACACAAAGGGGAAACGGACUCUCCAAAUCUGCAGACGCAAACGUCCGAGAUGAGGAUCCGGGCCUUGCGAGACCUCAAGCCGUCCAGGGGACUGCCGACUUCGGGCGAAGCACGCCCCCUGGUACUGCUUCCGCUCGUGGCAUGCCGUUCGAGAAAGCUGGUACAGCAACUCAGAACAACGGAAAGCCGGAGCCGGGUGCAAGUGCGUCGAGCGGAAGAGAAAAGGCGCCCGACGGGGGGGUGGUUUUGCCGCAGGCGGCUGCCCCCGUCCAGAACAAGUCGGCGGCGAUGAAGCUACUCGAGAGGCGGGAUGACGAAGGAUCCGACGGCUUCAGGGGGGGCCGCGGCAGGGGGCGAGGAAGGGGGGGGAGGCGGAGGAGAUAUGAUGACGACGACGGUGACGUGGGCAUGACGUUGGAGGAAUGGGAGGCGAAGAAAGCAGGGGGAGUGGGGGGGAGUAAAGUGGUCGAGACGGAUGAGGAGCUGGCGCGGAGGAUGCAGGAGCAGUUUGACCUGGAAGAAAGAGAAGCGGCGCUUGCGAAUGCGCGUCCUUUGAGCGCGGCGGAGCAACUUCGGCAAAACAUGUUCUCGUUCGGCAAGGUGGAGGAGCCAGAGGCUUUUGGUGGGAGGGGUAGAGGCCGGGGCAGGGGAAGAGGCGGGGGUGGAAGGAGAGGGGGUUCUAGGUACUAG